CGGAAGAGGGUACUGUGUAAGUAUAAUCAAGCACAGACUUGUUUAAGGAAAACAGUACAGAGUUGACUGUUGAGAGUCAGAAGUUUAUUAUCUGCUUUUAUUUGGGUUUAAGACACUGGAGGUGUUAUUUACAGUGCGGGUUACAGCGCUAACAGACCCUGACUGACUGUAGCUGAGCUGUUUUUACUGUUUGUCAGGAGAUUUGUACUUUAUUACCUCAGACUGAGAGAAGAGAAAAGAGGAAAAGUGUAGAGAUGGUUCAUGAGGAGCUGUUCGCUCGUCUGAAUGAAGCCGGCUAUAAGAACUGGUUGAAAGCAGGGUACUGUCUGCUGAAGGUGAGGGACGGGCUGUGCGGAUAUGCGGACACUGAAAUGCUGAAUUUUCACCGAUCUGUGAUCAGAAACAACCGCAACUUACAGAGAGAACAGCAGUGCAGGAGCAGCUGCAGACCCAGAGGAACACAGUUUCAGCCGGCUUGUUCCAUCUGUACUGAGUGGCAGAGGGAAAUCUUAAGGCACCACACAAAUCCUUUUGGUAUGAUUAACUGGGGAAACUGCAGACCCUGGCUGUGGCCCACGGAACCUUGGGAAGUGGCAAAGGCUUUCAUGCCGCGGGGACUAGCCGAUAAAAACAAAGCAGAGCAGUGUGAUGCUGCAGCACUUCUUAAUCUCCUUAAUUUCUGUGACCACUUCAGCUUCAUCAACCAGAGCCUGGUUAUUGAGGUGAUUCGCUGUAGGAAUCACCUCAUGCACUCCUGUGAGAUGCUGGUCUCAGAUCAGUGGAUGUCCCACUUUCAGAAAAGUCUACAGCAGCUGCUACUACAACUACGCCAUGUUCCCGAAGUGGUUGCAGCAGGCCAACAGAUCGAGGAGAUGCUGUCUGUUGAUCUGUCUGUGCAUGUGCCUGGGGUCGAGCAUGUGGAUGGACCCCAAAUGGAUGGAGCAGAAUUAGAUGGAGUAGAGAUUGAAUCUAUCAGCCACUGGGAGACAGAACUGCUUAAGGAAAGUCUGAAAGACCUGUUAUACACUGAUGAACUCGAUGGGAGACUCAUACCUGCGGAUCUGAAGAAAGUGCAGAGCCUGCAUAGAUUUUUAAGAUCCCACAAGGACCUGGAGGAGCAGUUCAGAACAGAACUUCAGAGUGUGCAGGUGUUGGAGGAAGAGCUGCAGAGUAGCAUAAAUAUGGAACAGUGAUUGCACUAUUCAAAUUAUAUUUGGGGUAUAUUUGUAAAAUGUUUGUUUUCUUUUUUGCAUAAAUUGUCAGAUGUUUGCAUGUUCUUUGAUUUAAACUGUCAUGUUUACUCACCAGCCAAAAACAUCUUUAUAUUCAGACUAAGCUGUAAAAAACAGUUUUUAAUUCCGUUUUGGUAUGACCGGUGUUAGGGGCCACAAAAAGUAAAAUAGACUUUAAGAUUGCAAAUAUUUAAAAUGGCUAAUAUUUUAAUAAUUACUUUAGUAAUAUUUUGGGAAUACACUCCUGUUCCACUUUAUGCCUUCAAAUCUAUAAGCUCUAUAACCUUGUGGUAAAACAAACAGGAAAAUAUGUAUUGUAAUAUGUAAUAUGUUUCUUUGUAUUAAGAAACUCCUUCAUUUCUCAUUUUGUCCGUUAUUUCUCCUACAGUCCCUAAAGUGCUGCUUGGCCCUGAAGAUGCAGCAGGAUUGUACACCAAUCUUAGUCAAAUAUAAUCUAAUGCUAGGUUCACAUUACAAGCCACAUUGAUCAAAUUCGAUUUUUUUUCUCAGAUCGGAUUUGUCUAUCUUGACAAUUCACAAACAUAAGUGAGCUGUAUCUGUGUGGAAUGUGAACAAAUCUGUCCCUACUACAUUUCACAUGCGCACAUUGAUACAGGUAUAAACUUCACUUUCUUCACCAACAACAAAAAAAACAUCAUAUUUGAGAGACGACUCGUAGCUUUAUAAAGGGAAAUGGAUGCUUUAGCAGCUCAUAUGUGGAGCAUCUUUUGCUGGAGUGGAGAGAAACAGCAGACAGCUGGUCUGAAGUACAUGUUCAGGUCGAGGAGGAGAAAAAAGGACAGGCUGUUUGCUUUUGCUGUUUUUGCAGCCUUAGCUGCACAGCUGCAGCAAGAGAUGUGUGAUGUGUACGAGAGAGAAGCACGUAGCAAAUAAAUUCUGAUUUGACCGUUCAUGUCGCAUGUCCAUGGAUCAGAUAUGUAUCCGAUUUAAGACCACAUAUGAAAGUGACUCAUAUGAAAGUGGCACGUUCACACAGCCAAGAAAAAAAAUGGUCUGAGUCACAAAUAAGAUUUAAGUCACUUCAACCUGGUAAUGUGAAUGUAGCCUAAAAGAUAAGUACAAUAAAAAAAUAUUUUGAAAAAGAUCGUCAUCAAAUUGGUUGGUUUUUCAUCACUUGAAAGAAAAAGCUGCAAUAAUAUUUUCUAUUUUUUCAGAUAUUUUAUUUCUAUAUAUAAAAUUGUUUUUUUUGUAUUGCAUAUCGGAUUGCAUGUAAUUUAUAAAUGUUAGCAUGUUCCUUGAUCUUCAAAGUUUUGAUCCAUUUUGUAAACUGCUACAUUUACUCACCAGCCUGUACAGUCUUUAUAUGCAUGGCUAAGCUAUAAAAAACAACCAGUUUUUAAUAGAUUUAGGGUGUGUGUUUUAGGGACUUUGAGAAUAAAUAGAGAAAUAGAGAAUAUUUUGCAAAUACAGACAUAAAAUGACAAUAUUAAAGUUGUAUAGCUACCAGGACAAAUCACAAUAUUGUGAUCAUAGGGUUAACAGAAGAAAUCAACAGCAGUUUGUGAAUAAAAUAAGAAUGCUGAAAUGGUUGUCUUACUUUUUCCUGUUUAACCACAUGCCGUCUUUAACUGGCACAAAUCUACAGUGCUGUGAAAAAGUCUUUGUCCCUACAUGAUUUAUUUUUUUGCAUGUUUGUCUUUCUUAAAUGAUUUAGAUUGGACAAAGUUAAAUAUUAGUCCCUUAAAAAUAAAAUCCAUUUGCAUUUAAAAA